AGGAAUUCAGUCAGUAUCGGCUUCGCGGCCAGUCGGUGCACACGUCUCCGUGACGGUCUGAACCGCGCUCCCGCCAAAAUUACGUUAAACUUUCGAAUAUCGAAUUGUUGAAUUAAAAUUUAAGUAAAAAAAAAAUUGUUCAAAAGUUGACCCAUUUUUUUUGGACUUGCGUGUUUUUUGGUGAUUUUUUUUGUGUUUUUUUUUGGAAAAUUUUGAAAAAAAUGUGGAGGUGAAUGGAUGUUGUGUAACACUGGACAGGUUAAAAAUGGAAUUGAAAUCGCCAAAAGCGAAGAAAAAGUCGAGCAUAGCAAAACUAAUAUCGUGGGGCAGAAUGUUUAAAACUCCUUUGCUCGUCCUCUUCUUACUGGGCACCACAAACUGUGAGCGGGAAAGUGAAGUGACAGAACUAGAUUCCAAUUUCAAAAUUCAGACUUUCGAAGGCAGCCAUCUUAGGCAUAGACAUAAGAAUGAGACAGAUAGAAAUAAAAUGAGUGAAAUUAAAUAUUUGAGGCGACAUUUAAAUAGAGAUAUAGUGAAUUUUGUGAUGACUGACUAUCUUAUCGAUGGUGAAGUGGAGAACAGAGUGCAUUUUAAUGGUGUGACGGCGAAGGAGACUUAUGUUGGAGCCGACGGACUCGGCUUAAAACUCCGCCAGUUGACAGAUGGCAGACAUCUUGUCCAAGUGAUAUACUCACAAAAUGGCGACAUACAAGACUGCGAAUACAUAACGCAGGGAAAAUCAGCAAGAAACUUCCUAAAAACACUAAGAAAAGAAUUAAAAUUAGCUUUAGACGAAGAAAUAUUUAGAAUAGUUAACAAACAACCAAAUAAUAUUGAGGAAGAGAAGUUUUACCGCCAUUUUGGUAAUGUGACGUUUAGAAUAUUAAAAGAUGGCGACCGAUUGCCGCCUGAUAUUUCAAAUUGGUUGGAUUAUGACAAGCUGAAGAUGGAAUGCUUAAAAAGGCAUGAAGAGUUAAAAUAUAUGAUGGAGAACAAAAAUAAAGUGGGAGAAAUCUCGCUUACUAGGUCACGGCGAUCGUUCAGGGAGAAUUUUAUCGUGCCCGGGACGAAAUGGUGCGGCGCUGGUCAUAUAGCUGCGAAAUACGGUGAACUUGGGCUGGACGCAGCUGAAGACCGGUGCUGUAGGUCCCACGACCACUGCAAAUUCAACAUUGGCAUGUUUAAAAGAAGAUUCGGGUACUUCAACUAUAGGCCGUACACGAUAUCUCAUUGCCGAUGCGAUAGGAGACCGAAACGCGACACGAUGGAGUUGCUCCGCGUGCCUGGAACGAAAUGGUGCGGCAAAGGUUUCUCCGCGACGAGAUACGCACAGCUCGGCGGUCACACGCGAACUGACCGCUGCUGUCGCGUGCAUGACCUUAGGUGCCCUUUCUGGAUUGGCGCGUUGGAGAAAAAGUAUGGCUUCUACAAUUGGAGAGUUAAUACUCUGAUGCAUUGCAGAUGUGAUGAAAGGUUUCGAGCCUGCCUCAAGUUGGCUGACACCUCCGUCUCUAACAUGGUCGGGAAGCUAUUCUUCAACGUGGUUCAGACCAAAUGCUUCAUCCUUAAACCAGUUAAGAUGUGCACACAACGUUCCUGGUGGGGCAAAUGCCUCCGAAGAGGCUACACCAAACAGGCCUAUUUACGAGACAACCUACCGUACUAGGCUGAAAAAGGUUACCUUUGUCUAUAAAGUGACAGAUGUCAUUAAUGUCAAUGUCAAUCCAGUGUUGCCGCGUUACAAAACUGCCAGUGUUACCAAUUAAUUUUAGGGUAAUUACCCGAAGUGUGGGGAGAUUAAUGUGGCAAUGCUGGAUUCUUAAUAAUUUAUUUCUGUGAUCGUAUGAGUAACUUAAUGUAUUUUUAAACGUUACUUAUGAUAGCGGGUUGCGUUUCUCAUAGAAAUUAAAUGUGUGUCGAAUACGGGUUUUUGCGUGUUUGUUGAAAAAUCUGUGUAUGAUGAUCUAGAGGCGGGAUUCCACCGAUUUGUUGCGUACCUUGUUUCUUCUGGUCUAGUAGCACAAGCAAACAGUAACAAAUUGCAUGCGAACACUUCUUAAAUGUCCGCGAAACUGCAACAUUUGCAACGUGAAUAAAUGUGCGUGAACAAUUUUGGUGGAAUCUCUCCACAACAUGAACAUGAACUUCAUAUUCCUAUUUUACUGCCAUUGUAAAUAAUUCACUUUAAUGAAAUACUAAAAUAAACACUUCCUUUCUUUACAGUUUUCGUCUUAUAACUUUGCCACUCUGAAUUAGGCCAGUGACGAUUCACGAUAGUCAAAAUGUAUGGUCCCCACGUCAACCUACCGGAAUCUGUCAAAUUUUACCAAUCGAACAUCAACGUUCCACUAUUGUGAUAAGGUUGAAAAUCUAUUGAAGACAUUUGAGAGAUUGAGGUAGGUUGAUGACUCAAAUAACUAACUUCGGAAGUUCAGAGUAGCAAAGUUAUUUGACGAAUUUGUUCGUUAUCAAUUAAUAUUUUAUUUUGGAUUUACUGCAUUUUAUCAACUGCCAUUGUUUCAGUUAAUUUUAUUGAAAUUUUCUGUACAUAACAUGUAUAUUUAUUUUUCAUCUAAAGUCCAAAAAAUCCUGUCUAUUUAAAAGAAAAUAUUGUCAUGAACUUUAUAUAUUUCAUAACUACAAAAUAGCGGACUAGUCAACUGUCGCCAAUGUCAACAUAAUGUAUUUAUUUCUGAAAAAAUAUCGCCCACCUAGAUCUAAAGUUCUCUAAACUCAAAAUUUUAGUUUUUUUAUUUAUGGAUUAAUCCACCAAAUUCCUUAAAAGUAAUAAGUACCCAUCAACCAGCAGAUAUGAAAAAUAUGUUCUAGCUGAGUAUAAAAAGCAUUUUUCUGUACAGAACAUUUCUAUUACGCACAGGGAUGGAAGAAUAAAUUCGUCUUUUCUAAAAAAGUGAUUCUUUGUAUUUAAAUCUAGGUGUGCGUUAAGAUGGCUGACAAUUGUCUAAGUAUUUCAUAUUUAAAUAAAAUCUUUGGCAAUAAAAUUACUUAUUAGAUUUAGUAGGCUUGUAGAUAUUAUAGUAAUAUCUCAAGCAAACCCGGGCGUAGACUUGUAUCAUAGAGAGAAAUAAGCUUAAAAACUAUGUCUGUCAAACUUGUUUUUAUUGAAUGAACAAUUCAUUUAUUUAUUGUAAAACUGAAGAUUUUGGUACUUUGAUUGUAGACAAUAUUGAUCUUAGGAACUAUUGACCUGAUUUUUAAAAAAAACAGCGUUAGAUAGUCCAUUUAUCAAGGAAGGUGAGAGGCUUUUACUGUAUGCACGAAGUAAUUCCCACGAGGCGCGGAUUCUAGCUAAAUCAAGGUCAAAUAUUUUGAAUUAUUUGGUAUUUAUUUAUGAUUGACAGACAUAGUAGUUAAGCUUUAUAAACAUUCGACCUAAUAGAAUAAAUAUAACAUUAAUGAAAAAGUAAUAUAAUAUUCAUAAUUUAUUUACCGCUAAAAACUUUAAUUUAUAUUAACACUAUCCAUUUACAUUAUGUUAAGAAAAAGAACUACAGGUAUUUAAGCUGAAUUUGGUACGAAUCAAACUUAAUGGCGUCUCGCAAACUCGCAACUUACUUCCGAACAAACGUGCGUGCAUGUGCUCUUAUCAAUUGAGUUUGGUUCGUACUAUAUUCAUCUCAGUUUCAAAACUUAAAAAAAAAAAUGGUAAAGAGAAACAAUUGCAUGAUGACAGUUUAAUUUAUUUCUAGAGAGCAAAUGAAUAUCCUAAUAUUGUGCCAAAUAGAAUCCAGUUCUUCCAUAUUCCCCAUUGUGUACCUUUUAAAUACGCAUAUGAUUUAAUGCCCGAAUACAGAAUACAACUUACUUAGGAUUUUUUAAGUAUGAAAAAAAAAAACAUAAAAAAUACUACAUUUUCCCGCUGAAUUUUCUGCCGCUGUAGACAACACAGAAAAUAACCAAUUUUCAAGAAAAGUAGAUAUCGAAGAACCAACGCCGGACAGCCAUCUUCUGUCUUAAAAAACCACAUCCAAAUCGGUUCAUCAGAUUAACAAACGAUGCCUCAGACACAUGCAGCGGUGAAACUUAUAAUUAACCCAGCUUUUUUAACUUCGAAGGUACGAAAUACAAAAAAAAUAUAUAUAUUUUUCUCUUAAAAGUCCGACUCAAACCUAAGUUAUACUCAAGUAUUCAGGCAUUAACGUUAGUUAAGUUUUUAGCGGCGUAGAUGUAAGCAAGGCGUGCGAAGUUCCUCAAGUCGACAAUAUUGAACUAUAGUCAUUAAGUAUUUGUGAUUCUCACACGUAGAUAACUGUUCGGUCUAGAACUUGUGUAGCAAAAGCAAUAAUUAUUUAAGGAAAUAUGUAUUUAAUAAUCUGUAGAAGUGAGUGUAGGAGUCCUUCUUAGGGUUAAAGAGGGGUGGCUACUUUUGGUACUGGUGAUUUAGUAACCUUAACUUUGAAAUUGUCAAAGCUCUUUUAAUCAUCCCCCGAGCCUUUUUCCCAAACUAUGUUGGGAUCGGCUUCCAGUCUAACCGGAUUCAGCUGAGUACCAGUGCUUUACAAGAAGAGACUGCCUAUCAAAUGUCAAAGCUCUUUAAUAUGAAAUUAAUAUAGGAAAAUAAAUGACUUUUACGGGUGCCCAAGCAGAUUUUUUUAAUGAAGCCCUUGAAAUCACUAGAACAAGAAAGUAUUUUUAAAUCUUCAUGUGUACAGACGCGCACACAAACAUCGACGAAAAAUAACUGUUAUUUGGUAAUAAAUCGCCUAAACUGAAAGUAGCUAAUCUUAACCCGUUUUUAAAUAAUUAUGAAUGAGAAAAGUAAAAACAUCUGUCAUUUGUUCUUGUGAUAUCUAUUACAAAGAACGAAACGUAGAUGCAUAGAUGUUUCUUAUUUGGGGAUUUAUUUUGUUUAUAUAAGAUGCCGAUUUAAUCAUCAACAAUUUUUUUGAAU